AGCCCCCCGGGCCGGGCUCCGCCGUUAACGGGACUGCGGCAGAGUUCGCGAACAUCGAGCAGGAGCUGUACGACUACCAGAUGCACAGCAAGAUGUGCAAGAAGAUCGCUCAGCUCACCAAGGUGAUUUAUUCUCUGAACAUGAAGAAUGAGGAGCAGGAGGCGGCCCUGCAGGCCUUGAGUCACGCCCACCACGAGGAGCUGCACCGCAUCCUGAUGGAGACGUGUCAUGAAGGGGAGGGGUCAGGGCUGAGGACUCGCCUCCUUGAGCUGCAGGACUCUCUGGAUGAGCAGCAGAGAGUUGGAGCCCAGGUGCAGGCUGACUUCGAGUGCUUCCGCAUCCAAGCAGAGGAGAGGGAGCGUGAAACUGAGGCCGAGCUGAGAAAAGAGUUUGAGGAGAGGCUGCAGGCUGCAGAGGAAGAGCUCCAGGAGGCCAAGGCCCAGAUCAGUGAUGCCCAGGAGGAGAACCUGCGGUUGAGCAAAGAACUGGAGAAUGCCGGGGAGCAGAUCCAGGAACUGGAUGCCAAAUGUGAGGCACUCCGGAAAGCAGCUGACGAGGAGAAACAGAGCAAAGAGGAGCAGAGACAGAGAGAAGAUGAGGAGAAAAAGAAAGGGGAGGAGGAAAGAGAAACAGAAGAACGGGAGGACCUUGAAAGGGUAAAAGCACUCUUAGAUGAGGUGGAGGCACUGAAGGAGGAGAGGGGUCGAGCAGAGGAGGAGAAGAGGCGAGCUGUGAAAGAGGAAAGGGAGCAAUGGGAGCAGAAGAUGAAUGAUCUGAACGAGGAGAAAGAGGAAAUGAGGAAGAGGAUGGAGGCAGAGUGGAGGGAGGAGCGGCAGCGGUGGGAGGAGAGGGAAGAGGAGGAGAAGAAAGGAAUGCACAGCGCUCUGCGAGAAAGAGUGAAGAGGGCUGAGGCAGAGGUGGAAAGUCACCUGGAGAGGUUGGCUGAGAGCAAGAGAAACACAGUGAAACUGCAAGAGCGAAUGCAGGACCUGGAGGAGGAGCUGGAGCUGGAUCGAAGGCGUGUCUCUGAGGCAGAAGGCGUGGCUAAACGGGCGGAGGAGGAGCUUACAGUCGCCAAGGAGAGGCUGUUGCUGCAGGAAGAUGAGCUGCAGAGCAGAGCAGAAGAGCUGUUGAAUCGUGGAGGCUGUGAGGUGUGUGUGUGCACUGAAGUUGAGGAACUGAGGAGCCAGGUGAGCCGCAUACAGAGUAGGAAUAGAGAGCUGGAGCUACAGAGCAGCGGCCGAAACAGUGACCACGCCCGGCAGAUACGCCAGCAUGCUGAGGCCCUGUCCAGUCUGCGUUCUGAGAUGGUGAGAGCCCAGACAGAAGAGCUGCGCCGUAUCCAAAAACAUGCAGAUGACGAGAGGGACAAGCUGCAGAAGGAGAUAGAGAAAGAGAGAGAAAACCUACAGAAGGAGAGAGAACAAGAAAAAGAUCAGUUCGAGAAGGACAGAAACAGACUGCGCAGAGAGAGAGAUGAGGAGAAGGAAGCGCUGCACAAAGAGGCAGAGGAAAUCAAAGAACGUCUGAGGAGAGAAAAGGAAGAAGAGGUCGAUCGGCAGCGGAAGGAGCUGGAAGUCGAGAGGGUUCGUGUCCGUUCGCAGUUGGACAAAAGCAUUGAACAGGUGGAGGCGGAAAGAGCCAACGUGCAGCAGCAGCUUGAAGAGGAGAAGAAGAGAUUGGUGGAGAAGGCUGAGGAGGACAGGAAACGGCUGAAGGAGCAGGUCCGGAAGGCGAUAGAGGAGGUGAUGAGGAGGCAUGCAGCCGAACUUCACAGCGUCCAAGAAGCUCUGAUCUCCGAGAAAAAGACCAACCAAGAGGUGUGUGCUCAUUUGGAAGAACAGAGGAGGACCAACGAGGAGCUACGCAGCAGACUGGAGAAGGAAAGGGAGGAGCUGAGGACAAAACUGAGAGAUGCUAACAAUGAGAUCUGUAGGCUGGAGUCACUGAUCCAACAGCAAGACAAGAAAGAAAAGGUAGGCCCUGAAGCUGCAUCCUCAUGUGGACCACAGUGCUCUCGUCUGGAGGAAGAGCUUCACCAGACUCGGAGUCGACUGGCUCGGACACAGGAGGAGGCAGAGAGGCAGCGGGACCGGCAGCAGAGAGAGAUCGCGUCCCUGAGAGCUGACAAACACCGGCUGGAGGAGAAAGUCCUGGAACAGAGCCGACUGAACACGGAGAGGAGCCUUCUAGACCAGGGCCAGCGGCACACCGAGGACCGGAUCAGGCUAGAGUGCGAGGAUCGUCUCAGAGCAGAGUUCAGGAUAGAGAUGAAUGCUGCUGUUGCUGAGAGUGAACAGAGAUGGCAGAGCAGGGAGCAGGAGCUCCAGACCCAGAUAUCUGAGCUGCAGAAUGAACUGAGCGAGCUGCAGUCACAGGCGGAGAAAAAGAAGGCGGGCCCGGGAGACGAUAGCCAUGGCAACCCCGAAAUUGACAGGCUGAGGAAAGAGGUCCAAGACACCAAGGAGAUAAACAAGAAACUAAGGGAGCUGCUCCAGGAUCUGAAGCAGCAGAACCAGUAUCAGGUGUUUGAGCGACAGCUGGAUGAGAGUCGCUGUGCCAUGCUGGAGCUGCAAAGAGAAAAUGCAUCACUUAAAAAGCAAUUAAAGGAAAGGUCAGUACAGGCGAAUCCUGAAACAGAAGAGAAAGAAGAGGAAAGCCUAGAUCUGCAGAAGAAGAGAGACGCCCAGCUGGAAGAAGAAGCACAACGUCUGAAGGAGGAAGUGGAGAAACUGAGGGUGGAGAUGGAGAAACUGGAGGAGUCGCAGAAACACUGGGAGGAGAGGAAAGAGGAGGACGUAAAAGAAGAGGAGGUGGACGAGGAGAAGAAGAAGGAGCGGGAGGAGGAGAAGAGGAGAGAGGAGGUGGAGGAGAUCAAGAGGGAGCACAAGAGGGAGAUGCAGAGUUUGGUGUCUGAAUACAGCAGCGCCCAGACGCACCUGCAGGCUCGCAUAGUGGCCUUGGAGAACGAGCUGCGCGAGCGAGAGGAGCGGUGCAGGAGGAGGGAGCCUCGAUGUGAUGACCAGCAGUUGGGGAGACUUCAGGAGAGACUGAGCGAGAGAGACCAGCUCAUUAAACGAUUAGUGGAAGAGAGGCAUCAGCUGCAGCUCCACCCUCCUGUUGCCGGGGACAACAGCACCCUCAGGCGUUGUGACAGCAAGUCCCGCCCCGGGAGCGUCACGCCAACCAUGAGGAGGAAGCGGGUGGAGUCUCCUCCUCGUGUCACCAGCAUCCCCAGCGCCGGUACUUACGACAGGAGCAUCUUCCUACCCCACUCCUCCUCAUCGUCUUCCUCCUCCUCCUCCGUCCAUCAGCACUCUUCCUCAACCCUGCCCCACCAGUCCACCUCCCACCCUCAGACCUCCCCCCACUACUCCACCUCCUCCCUUCCACACAAGCACACCUCCCUCUCCCUCAGCCAACAGUCCUCCCCUUCCGUCCCUCGCUCCACCAGAUCCCGGGCCUCCUGCAUCCCUCCCACCCCAGCGCCCACCGCCCCGCUCCCUGUCUGCCCGUCGCCGCAGACGGGCAUCCGCUACGUGUCGCCUUCCUGUCAGGAGCCACAUGCACACCUGCAGGCCCACUCAAUCAGGUAUGAACAUUUUAUGAUCUUGUUACAAAUCUAAAAAAUGUUUUGGCAA